UAAGUCUGUGAGAAGAGUUACCUGGUGGUGGUGGUGGUGGUUUUUUAACUCAUCAAAGCAAAGAUCCAAGCCCUUCCCAGCCUUGCAUUGUAAAGCCUUUGCUUGCUACAGUUUUAAAGUUUAGGUAGAGAGGAAAGAUUUGGAAUACAUCCAUUUGAUUGUACUAACAGGUUCACAAACCAGACCAACAAAAACAAAGCAAGAUGCAAUAAUUAGUACAUGCUAUACAGAAAGUUGAAAGCUGACCUAGUAAUCCGGGGCUAUAGAAUGCCAUGGGUGCUUCACUUGGGAUGAUAAAUGCAGCAGUUGUUUAAACUGUACAACCAAAUACACUUCACUGAGAAUCAAGUGCUGUUUUUGCGGGUGUUCUGACUUCUGAUGAAAAUACUUUCCCCAUGAAAAUGGAAGGUUUCUCAGGCCACUACCUUUUAAGUCUGGUGACAGCUUUCCUAAAAUAGAAUGACAGUAAAUCCUACCCUUUUUCUCUUGGUGGCAGCAAAGUUCUAACGGAGGGCAGAACCCUUUCCUUAAAUGCGGCAUAGUGUGGGCACAGUGAGAUCUACUGAAUCUGGACACCUUUUCAUGAGUCGCUAUCAGCGUGACUUAGUAAAAGACCUGGUAUUCACAAACCUGGCAGGAACGCCUGGGGCUAUAAGAAGUUAUUAAGCAUUUCUUUACUAAGACAAGAGAAGGACCGCCGGCCCAAGGGCGGUGACGUCACUUCCGGGCGCCUGCGUAGUGCGGGCGCCCGCAGUUUCCUAAGGGGAAUGGAGACUGCUCCCGCGCACGUCUUUCCUGUCCCAAGCUUUUGCUCACCACCAACAGAGACUCCGUUGCUUUCCAGCAACAGAUUCCAGCUGUGUUGUCCAAAACUAAUUCUUCUGGAGAGGCUGUGGGAGCUCACGACUGAAAUCUGCGCGUAGUUUACUCUCAGCCCAGUCACUGCAGGAAGUAUUUGUAGAGUAACAAAUAUGCUAAUGUUAAGAAGGACAGCAGGAGCUAUUCCCAAGCCCCCAAAGAGUAAAGUUUAUGGAUUUUUAAGAAGAUUUAGUGUUCAUCCCAGAACUCUCUCUUGUCAUAAACUGGUCCUGGGAAUUGAAACCAGCUGUGAUGACACAGGAGCGGCUGUGGUGGAUGAAACUGGGAAUGUGCUGGGGGAAGCACUGCACUCCCAAACUCAGGUUCAUCUGAAGUGGGAUUGUUCCUCCAGUAGCUCAACAACUUCACAGAGAAAAUAUUCAACGAAUAGUAGAAGAAACUCUUUCUGCCUGUAGAAUCACCCCAAGCGAUCUCUCAGCAAUUGCAACUACCAUCAAACCGGGACUGGCCCUAAGCUUGGGAGUUGGCUUAUCCUUUAGCUUACAGCUAGUAAAUCAGUUUAAAAAGCCAUUCAUCCCGAUUCAUCACAUGGAGGCUCACGCACUGACUAUUAGGCUCACCAAUAAAGUAGAAUUUCCUUUUUUAGUUCUUUUGAUUUCUGGCGGUCACUGCCUGUUGGCAUUAGUCCAAGGUGUUUCCGAUUUCCUGCUCCUUGGGAAGUCUUUGGACAUAGCACCAGGCGACAUGCUUGACAAGGUGGCAAGAAGACUUUCUUUAAUCAAACAUCCAGAAUGUUCUACAAUGAGUGGUGGAAAAGCUAUAGAACAGUUGGCCAAAGACGGAAAUAGAUUCCAUUUUACUAUCAAUCCACCUAUGCAGAAUGCUAAGAAUUGCGAUUUUUCUUUCACGGGACUUCAACAUAUUACUGAUAAGCUAAUAACACACAAGGAAAAAGAAGAAGGCAUUGAGAAGGGGCAAAUCCUGUCAUCAGCUGCAGACAUUGCUGCUGCGGUACAGCAUGCAACAGCGUGCCACCUUGCGAAAAGAACACAUCGCGCUAUUCUGUUUUGCAAGCAGAAAAAUUUGCUCUCUCCAGCUAACGCAGUAUUAGUUGUAUCUGGAGGUGUUGCAAGUAACUUGUACAUCCGAAAAGCAUUGGAAAUUGUCGCAAAUGCAACGCAGUGCACGUUGUUGUGUCCACCUCCAAGACUGUGCACUGACAAUGGCAUCAUGAUUGCAUGGAAUGGAAUUGAAAGAUUACGUGCUGGCUUGGGCGUUUUACAUGAUGUAGAAGACAUCCGAUAUGAACCAAAAUGUCCUCUUGGAGUAGACAUAUCCAGAGAAGUUGCAGAAGCUGCCAUAAAAGUACCGCGAUUAAAAAUGGCACUUUGAUUUGUGACUUUAAAGGUCUCUACAGGCAAUAACUGACAUGCAAUUCAAUUCCAUAUGAAACUCUGGGAAGAAAAUCUAUUCAGUAUUAAUAUAAACAACUUCCAUUCGAACAACACAAAUUCCAUCCCCUGAAGAUGCUGUAUAUUUUACCACAAUAAACAAUAUGUUUUGGAAAAAAAAAAACCAGUCAAGAAUCAUUUCGUGUUUCAAGUGUUUUUUGUUUUUAAUUAUUGGCUUUCUGCAGGGUCUGGGUUGGCGUUCUGUUCAUCUUUCCCAAGUUUGUUCAAAAACGCUAUUCUUGGUCUUGAUACAUUUAUGAUAUCUGAUGAAACUCCAGAUGAAAAUAAAAAAAGUGUUGUGGGAAA